AUGGCAAUGUCAAUGGGAGCUGCUCGAAGGGGCAAACCCAAGAUCCGACCUCCCAAACGACCCACUUCGGAAACUCCUAUCAAGGAUACAUGGACGAAGCUUGCCAAUGCCAUCAGGGAGAUCCAGAAUCAUAACGCGUCGAAACUAUCUUAUGAGGAACAUUACAGGUAUGGGUAUAACAUGGUCUUGCAUAAACAUGGUGAUCAGCUGUAUAACGGUGUAAAGGCAUUGAUAUCGGAAUACCUAGACAGAUUAGCAGAAGAGAAGAUCGUACCUACCUUCCCUAGGUCGGGCGGUACGAGGGGAGCAGGUAAAUUGGGUGGUGGAGCGGAAGCGAUAGAGAGAGCUUUGGAAGGUGAUAGAUUCUUGAAAGCUAUAAAGAGCGCCUGGGAGGAUCAUACAGGUUCGAUGAGGAAGAUAAGGGAUAUAUUGAAAUAUAUGGAUAAAGGUUACUCGACAGCUAAUGGCCUACCACUGAUAUACGAUGUCGGUCUCACCCUCUUUCUCCUACAUAUCAUCCGUUCGUCCAAAUACCCCAUCCAUACCCACUUGAUAUCAACGCUACUAUCGCAAGUCCAAUUAGAAAGGGAUGGAGAGACAAUCACCCGAUCGACAAUCAGAGAAUGUACAGAUAUACUACUCAGGUUGCAUGUAUCGGAAAGAGAAGGUGGGAAGAAUGUUUACUUGAUGGAUUUCGAACCUGAGUUCUUGAAGAGAUCAGCGGAGUUUUACGAGUUGGAAGCCAUUGAUGAGCUUGAUAAAGGUGAUGCGGCGUCAUAUCUCAGAAGGGUCGAACGUCGUCUGGCGGAAGAAGCAGAUCGUACAGUCCAUUACCUAUCUACCGUAACCCACAACGCAUUACAGGAACUCCUAGUAGCAAAUCUGCUCAAGCCGCAUUUACAGACCAUCUUAGAUAUGCCAGGAAGUGGAUUGGUAACGAUGUUAGAUUCGAAUCGAAUGAGUGAUCUACGUCGAUUAUACGUUUUAUUCCUUAAAGUUCCUAAAGAUCAGGGAAAGACAUCUCUGAGGAAUGCUCUGAGAUUGGAUAUUGAAGAAAGGGGGAAAGCAGUCAAUCAGGAAAGGUUGGAACAACCUGGUCCAUCUACAUUAGGUCAGGAUGAUGAUGGUGCUGCCGAAGAUGGGAAAGGUAAAGGCAAGGAAAAGGCAAAAGCUACUUCACCGGCCAAUAAUGCUUUAACUUCCGCUUUGAAAUGGGUUCAAGAUGUUUUAGAGCUGAAAGAUAAAUUUGAUGGCUUGUUGGAAACUGCUUUCAUGGGUGAUAAACAGGUUCAAGUUUCGAUUAAUGAGGCAUUCCAAUCGUUCAUCAAUGCCAAUCCGCGUGCACCCGAAUAUCUGUCUUUGUUCAUCGAUGAGAAUCUGAAGAAAGGUACAAAAGCAAGAUCGGACAGCGAGAUCGAAUCGGCUUUGGAAAAGACCAUUGUCCUUUUCAGGUUCUUAUCGGAUAAAGAUAAAUUCGAGAGAUAUUACAAGAAUCACCUGGCGAGGAGAUUGUUGUAUGCUAGGAGUGCCAGUGACGAUUCGGAGAAACAGAUGGUCACGAAACUCAAGAUGGAAAUGGGUUUCCAAUUCACUCAGAAACUCGAAGGGAUGUUUACAGAUAUGAGAUUGAGUAAUGAAAGUGCCAACUCAUUUAGGAAUUAUCUGACCCGACAUGGAGCAUUACCAAUCGAUUUGACUGUUAACGUCCUUACAGCUUCUUACUGGCCUCAACCGAUAGUAGCGAGUACGACAUGUACAUUCCCUGCCGCACUUCAACCUUCCAUGGAGACUUUUCAGAAAUAUUACGAUUCCAGACAUUCAGGUCGAAGGUUGACUUGGCAAGGUAAUCUGGGUACAGCAGACGUUAAAGUUAGAUUCAAGAGUAGGGCGCACGAUUUGAAUCUGUCUACUCAUGCGUUGGUGGUACUGCUUUUAUUUGAAGAUACGAAGAGCGGAGAAACUUUAUCGUAUCCUGACAUCAAAACAUCGACCGAUCUACCUGACCCCGACCUGAUACGUACCCUUCAAUCCCUAGCAUGCGGUAAAUUCAGAGUGUUGACGAAGAUACCUAAAGGAAGAGAUAUCAAUCCAACAGACAAAUUCGAGUUUAACGAGAAUUUCACAUCCCCUUUGGCGAGAAUCAAGAUAAUGCAAGUUGCAAGUAAAGUUGAAAGUACCAAAGAAAGGGAGGAGACGCAGGAGAUGGUUGAUGAAGAGAGGAGACAUCAGGUUGAGGCCUGCAUAGUUAGAAUCAUGAAAGAUCGUAAACAGAUGUCUCAUAAUGAUUUGAUAUCAGAGGUAGCACAUCAAUUAUCCACUAGGUUCAGCCCUUCCAUGUCUUUGAUCAAGAAACGCAUCGAAGGUUUGAUAGAUAGAGAGUAUUUGGAGAGAACGAGCGAUAUGGGUUCGUAUCGAUAUUUGGCUUAG